CUUUGCGCGGUCUUGCCCGGAGUUGCAGCUAUCUUUUUGGUCAGGAUGUUAAGAAUCUUUGCAAGAAGAGUUGGUCGUCUAGCUAAACAGUCCACCAGAGCUUUCAAUGAAGGUCAGAUUGAGGUAGAAGAAGAAACAAAGCGAUAUGAAAAAUGCAUUAAUCAGGUGAACAUCUUGGGACGUGUGGGCAGAGAUGCAGAAAUACGGGGCUCAGAGAUCCACCCAGUUGUUGUCUUCUCAGUGGCAACAAACAAUUUCUACACAAAGGCUGAUGGCACAAAUGUAUCUCGUGUUGACUGGCACAGAAUUAGUGUCUUCAGACCAGGCUUGAGGGAGAAGAUAGCUGCCAACAUCAAGAAAGGGGAUCGUGUGUUUGUGAAUGGCCGUAUCCAGUAUGAUGAUUAUAGAGACAGGGAAACGGCCACUAGAACAGCUAAUAUUGUAGCAGAUGAUAUUGUUAAUUUGACGAAGCGGUACUUGAGGAUGGAGGACGAAUGAUGAGGCUUCAAAAUGGACAGUGAUGAACAGAUUAUAGCCAGAGCUGUCCAUUGCUGGAACAGUGGUCAGUGCGAGAGCUUGUAUAGUGAAGAGCUCUGGUUUGACAACCGUAGAGGUCCUUUGUGACAGCCCUAGUUUGAAGUGAUACAAAAAUCUCUCACCACAAAAUUCAUACCCAUAGGUUGUGGAACCCAUGUUGGUUUUGUAAAAAAGAAGUUUUCAUCACAACGGAUUUGACUUUGUUGCUGAAAUCUGACAACAGAUUUUAGUUGUUGCUACUAAGGCUGCUGCACAAGUUUCAAAGAAAACUUAACAUUUUUACAUAUACAUGCCUUUUCAGCUAAGAAAAUCAUGUCUCAUAUUCAAUUCUAAGCACUGCGGCAGUGUCUUUUUAAGAACAGAUAAGGUAAAAUACCUGGAACGUUUUAAACAUUAUGUACAUGUACUUAUAGUAUUGCAUUUGUCUAUAUUAUCUUGCAAACAAUAAUACACAGUGGCAAAACACAAUGAAAACAGAACUCCAAGAAGGACAGAUUGGCAGAAUGAGUUUAGAGAUCAAGCUAUUCAAAGACAAUUGAGGAAAUGUGAAAUAUCACAGCCUGGUUUCCUCCCUCC